AAAGGGGUUUCUGGCGCUACUUCCGGUGGCGGUCCCUUUGUGCAGGGAAGACUGGGCUGCUUCUCCUUUCCUUUCUCCCUCCCUCGAUGCUCCCUUCGCCGCCAUCAUGAUGCCCGUUUUCAAGAGCAGCCGGCGGGACUUCACCUUCGGGCCCUGGAAGCUGACGGCCGCCCGGACCCACAUCAUCAAGUCCUCCGAGGCCGAGAGGUUAGCUGAAGAACUGCACAUGCCAUGUGUUCCAGAAAUGAUGUUUGGAGACAAUGUCUUAAGGAUUCAGCAUGAAUCUCUUUUUGGAAUAGAGUUCAAUGCGACUGAUGCUUUAAGAUGUGUAAACAACUCUCAAGGAAUGGUUAAAGUAGCCUGUGCAGAUGAGUGGCAAGAAAGCAGGUCUGAGCCUGAGCAUACAAAGGAAGUUAUUAAACCAUAUGAUUGGACCUAUACAACAGACUACAAAGGAACUCUACUAGGUGAUACAUUAAAGUUAAAGGUUUCCCCCACAACAGAACAUAUAGAUACAGAAAAACUGAAAGCCAGAGAACAGAUUAUGUUUUUUGAAGAAGUGUUAUUGUUUGAAGAUGAACUUCAUGAUCAUGGUGUUUCAAGCCUGAGUGUAAAAAUAAGGGUAAUGCCUUCAAGCUUCUUCGUACUAUUGAGGUUUUUCUUACGAGUGGAUGGUGUGCUUAUCAGAAUGAAUGAUACAAGGCUUUAUCAUGAGGCCAAUAAAUCCUACAUGUUGCGGGAAUAUACAUCUAGGGAAAGCAAAAUAUCAAGUUUAAAGCAUGUUCCUCCACCGCUGUUCACGGAUCCUAAUGAGAUUGCUCAGUAUUUGCCUGUCAAGGAGAGUAUUUGUGAGAAGCUGGCGUUUCCAGAAGAAGUGUGUCUUGAAUCUACAGCAUCUUCAGAAGGCACUUAAGUGGAAUUUACAUAAUUGAAUGGACUUGAAAUACACUUUUUAUCUGGAGACUAUAUAUUAUAUACCAUUUGGCCAUUACACUACUUGCUGGAUACAGAUCCAUGUGGCUGUCUGUGUAAUAUUUCUCGAGCCUUGGUUGAGUUGAGUGGAGCUAAUUUCAAAGUUCUGCCUAUGUUUUGUUUGUCUCUGUAGUUCAAAAUUACUUGGGUCUAAUGACAAAUGGGUUAAUAAUUGGAAUUACUGGUAAAAAAUACCCCCCACUAAGCAUCAGUACUUGAGGUGUGCAGCAUUUCAAUAACUUUUGGAAGAUUUUGUAAAAAAAUAAGACAUGUUUGAACUCAAA